UAUGUUCCACGAUCUGGCGUUCCUAAAGUUCAGCGUGUACGACGCCGAGACGGGGCUGGUGAUCGCUCAGCGGGUCAUCUCACUCAAGUGCAUCCGACCGGGCUAUCGACACGUGCGGUUACGGUCUCCCACCAACCAACCACUCAACAUGGCGUCACUGUUCGUGUAUACGCGCGUGGAGGAGGAAAGUCUGGAUCGAUCGUACGACGAGAUCGACGAGCAGUACCUACAGCAGCGGGGCGAAAAGAACCGUGGCCGUGGUAACAAUGACACCGGAGGCGAAGUGCCGGUUGUGUUCGAGUCGAGCCGGCUCGAUGUAGCCAACAGCUUGGAGAGCAAAGUGCCGCAGCUGAAGCGCAAGAUGUUCUUCCUCACCGUGUACGACGUGGUGCCGGACAAGCCGUACACGAUCCUGAAGAUCACGCAGGAGAGCACAACCAAGGACGUGCUAACGCAGGCGAUGCAGAAGAUGAACAAACCAACGCAGGACAUGUCCAACUUCAUCCUUAUCGAGGAGGUGUACCGGGGUUGGGAAAAGAAGGACCGAUUGCUACCACCGAGCCAGCGGGUACUGGACAUGACCGAGAAACCGUUGCAGGCGCAAGGUCACUGGCGGGGAGAGGGCCGUUUCAUACUGAAAAAGAUCGGCAAUGACCCAAGCAGUCGAGCUUGGGUGACCUCUAUCCGGAGGACUACGGACAGGCGUGCCUCGAUUGCGGCUACGAUGGGAGCUUUGGGCAUGGGGACAACCGCCGGGGCUGGUGGGACGGGGAAAGAGCCGACGGCGGACGAUCUCCUAGCGCUCGAGAAUGUGGACAACUUCCUGGUGUGCGUGUACAACGUCUCGCAGGACAUUCCGUACGCAAUUCUUCGCGUCCCGAUGAAGUCCACCGCCCAAGACGUGCUUGCCCAGGCCCUGCUGAAGGCACGCCGGUUGGACAAUCCGAACAACUUCGUGCUGGUGGAAGAGCUCAACUACAGCAACAAAGGCAACGACACGAUGCAGCGCAUCCUACUGGACGACGAGAACGUGUACGUGACGCAGGCGAAUUGGAAGACGAUCGGUCGCUUCGUCAUCCACGAGCGCAGCCAACUAACUCCAUCGACGAUUCGUAAGACGAUCCUUCCGAUCGAGAAGAUUAGCCGCGGCUUCAGCAUCAGCCGUGGUUCGUCCUCCUCCUCCACCUCGGUGCACUCCCUGGUCUCCAAGUCGCCGAUACAGGUGGCGCUCAGUGAUCCAACCGCGGCAUCCUCAUCCUCGGCACGCUUCAAAUCCCGCUCGGCGGGAGCACACGAGCAUGGCGGUUCCGGGGGAUCGUCGGGCACGGGCACGAAGUCACGCCACCACGGACACGGACGGACCAAGUUUAGCUCCGAAAAGGACACCUCCUUUUCGAGCACCAGCGCCGGCAGUGCCGGUUCGAAGUCGGCCAACCGACGCGAGGUCCACUCGGAGGGCGAGACGCUCAGCGACGAGGAAGCGAAGGAGACGGACAUCAUGUCGACGAUGUCGCGCUUUAAACGGAUGUCGAUCAAGAAACUUAAAUCGUGGAAAUCGUAA